AAGUUAAUAUUAAUUUAAAAUAAAUGGUGUAUUUAAUUAAUAUAAUACUGAAACUUUGUUUAUUUUGAAACUGUGUUCCUAAACGAACGACAUGACAUUUUGUGCCGCGAAGCUCAUUCAAGGACAACUUUGUUUUGAAGUGAAGUGAAGAACUCGUAUUACUUUACAUCUAAAAGUGUUAACGGGGUUUACAAUCGCAGUUACAAAACCACUGAAGUUUAGAAAAUGAGGACCAGCCACCCACAAUACACAAUUAUGGUGGAAUUCAUGGAAAAGCAUGGAGACUUGUCUAAACCCAGCGGAGGCCCUCGUGGUAGACACUAUGUACAGCUAAAAUGGAAGGAGCUUUCGGAUAUGCUCAAUAGUGAUGGCACAGGCGACUCUAGAACAGAGGAAAAGUGGCGAAAGGUUGAUGUUGAGGAGGAAGAGAGCUUGUCAGGUACUCAUCCACAAGAAACAAACACAAAAACAAUAAGUGAAGUUAAUGUUGAUGACAUACCUAUAAAACUAACACCCGUUGCUGACGAUACUUGGAAUACUCCGGGAACAAGUAGCCAACGCUCAAUCGCUCCACCUCCACCUCCCGCGCAUCCACUACCACCUUCAAUAGCUUCAAUCGACACACAUUGGAAGCCGCCGAAGAAAAAGAAGAAAGCCGACGAUGAAAUUUUAAAAGUAUUUAAGGAGUGUGAGGGGACCGCAAGGCAGUAUGAAAGAGAGCGUGAUCGAGUUGCGGAAGAAUUAGAAAGAGAGAGGAUUAGACAGCGUGAUGUAGAGCUGCAGUUGCAAGCUAAAUGGCUGGAUUUUUUUAAAGAAGCUUUGAAGGUAUUGGAUGCAUAUUUGGCGAAUAAAAGUGUAUAAAAUCGGACAUUAUUUGUUUCGCCAAAUAUGCAACUAAUAGUAAGUUAUUUGG